GGUGGUGUAUACCGGAGACUUACCAUCUCUCUGCGCAAACGCCGAAGACACGAGCAACCAAAGAUGAGGGCCUCUCCAACGUAUCCUUGUAAUUGUAGCCUCUUACUGCUACUGUUCCUCUUCUACUUGGAGACUGGCGCAACGAACGUCCAUGAUCAGAGCUGUAGCCCUGGUGAUCUCAGAGCACUCUAUGCUUUCGCACGCAGCCUCGACAGAGGAAUCCGCGACUGGCCGGCAGCUAACUCCACCCGCUGCUGCGGUUGGCCCGGUGUCCGCUGUGCUCUGUUCUCGCUUAGCGCCGUAAGAGUCGUCGGUCUCGAUCUGUCGGGGAAGGGUCUCGAAGGCGUCCUCUCACCAUCCCUGGCUGGUUUGGACAAGCUGACCUUCCUCAACCUCUCAAGCAACUCCUUCCGAGGCUCCAUCCCGCCGGAGCUGCUCCGCUUGAAGCUCUUGGAGGUGCUCGACCUCAGAAACAACCACUUGUCGGGAGAGCUGCCACCGGGUAUAGGCAACCUCUCGAACCUGUCCCGUUUGGUUGUCUCCAGCAACGGAUUUACCGGGAACAUUCCUGAUGUAUUUCACGACCUGCGAAAGCUCGAGGUCCUCUCCGCCAAAUCUAAUGGAUUUGUCGGCCGACUGCCAACUUCGCUGUCCUCCUGUUCGAUGCUUACGGUGCUUGAUUUAUGGAACAAUUCGCUUGGCGGUCGCAUCGACCUCGACUUUCGACGAUUCGAUCGUCUUACCACCCUCAACAUCGGAUGGAAUAAGUUGCAGGGGCUCAUCCCCGAGGCUCUCUCUUCUUGCAGGGCAUUGAAGAUCUUGAAUCUGUCUCGAAACAACCUUAGCGGACAGGUCCCAGAGAAGCUCUGCAGACUUGGGUCCAUCUCCUUCUUGAAUCUGGAUAACAAUAGCCUCUCCAAUAUCUCGCAGGCUUUAGGAGUUCUUCAGGAGUGCCAUGACCUGAGGGUUCUUGAUCUUUCCUGGAACUUCCAAGGUGAGGAAAUGCCGACGACCGGAAUCCGAGGAUUCCAAAGCUUACAAGCCAUGGGCAUCGUUAAUUGUGCUUUGACUGGCCUUAUCCCCUCAUGGCUGAGGAAUUGCAAAGAGUUAAGUGCUUUGAAUUUAUCAUGGAACUGUUUGACCGGAGAAAUACCGCCGUGGCUUGGAAGGUUUGAUCAUCUCUUUUUGUUGGACUUGGCAAAUAACUCGCACUACGGGGAGAUCCCUGCUUCCUUGGCAGAGCUAAAGAGCCUUAUGUCAGGGAUUCCUCCGCAUGAUGGCGAUGAUUCUUCCAUUGAAUUCCCGUUCUAUGGAUGGAGCAGCAAUCAACAGAUUCUCGACGGACUGAAGUAUAAACAUUAUACAGACUUUCCACCAGCAGUGAAUUUGAGUUAUAACAGAUUGACUGGAUCAAUUUUGAAGGAGUUUGGAAAUCUGAGGUAUCUUCAUCAGCUGGAUCUAAGUCGGAACAACUUGUCAGGUUCCAUUCCAGAAGAACUGUCAAGCAUGGUCAAUUUGGAGAGUGUAGCUUUCAAUCACUUACGAGGACUAAUUCCAAUAGGAGGUCAGUUCUCGACCUUCCCCUGUUCUAGCUUCGAAGGAAAUCCAGGUCUCUACAGUGAUUCAUUGCCUUUCUGCGAACCUGUGAAGGCAACGUAUCAGAAGGAAGGUGAUGUCGAUGAAGAUAAAAUUGCUUUCAUUGGGUUGCCAUUCGCCAUUGGAGUGGCAUCAGGUUUUGUGUUUAUCGUUUACGUUUCGAUGUGUUGCUGGCAAUUAUGAUUACCCAAGAGAUCCGAGGAUUAAGUAG